CAUCUCCAUGUUGCUCACCAACUGAACGGACACUUUGUUACCUUCCUCUCAUCUCUCUUCCAUCAAAACGCGCCUCUCACACUAUCAUCAUGGGGCGCCUUUCUAGCACCGAGGCUCUUCUCGGCCCCGAGCUCUUUACAAAAGUCCGCGAAACGCCUGUCCUCGUAGUCGGCUCCGGCGGGAUCGGGUGCGAGCUCCUCAAGAAUCUCGUGCUCGUGGGCUUCAAGAACAUUGAGAUCAUCGAUCUUGACACAAUCGACCUCUCCAAUCUCAAUCGCCAGUUCCUCUUCCGCAAGCCCGAUAUCUCAAAGCCCAAGUCCAUUGUCGCGGCGGCCACGGCGCGCCAUUUCAACCCCUCCUCGGGAAUCGAGAUCCAUGCGCGCCACGGCAAUGUCAAGGAGCCUGAAAACGACAUUGAGUGGAUCAAGCAGUUUGGUGUUGUCAUGAGCGCCCUGGACAACAUGGACGCGCGCCGGCAUAUCAACAAGCUCUGUCUCGCAGCCAACGUGCCUCUCAUCGAGUCGGGCACGGCGGGUUAUCUUGGCCAAGCGAACCCGAUCAUCAAGAAUGAAACCCUCUGCUACGAUUGCGUCACGCGCCCUCCUCCAAAGUCCUUCCCCGUGUGCACUAUUCGCUCCACGCCCAGCGAGCCGAUCCACUGCAUCGUCUGGGGCAAAACGUACCUCUUCGGCAAGCUGUUUGGCGAAGAUGAUGAGGCGCUUGACGAGGAGGAGCUGGACAAGGCCAAGGCCGAUGGCGAGAACGCGGAUGAAAUCGACAACCUUAGGAAAGAGGCCGAAGCAUUCCGGGAAGUGCGGCGCAUGCUCGGCGAGGAGGAUGGGCCGCAGCGAGUGUUCACGAAGGUCUUUUUUGACGACAUCAACAGGCUGUUGGCGAUGGAGGACAUGUGGACGCGUCCUGGGCGCGUUAAGCCUGUCGCUCUCGACUAUGACAAGAUCAUGGCUGGCGAGUUCGUUCCCCCGCCAUUGCGUCAGGCGCCUCCGAAAGGACCUACUGCGAACGGCUCCAUUGCGUCGUCCAAGCCGGCGCCGCCUCCCAAAGCGAAGGGCGCAACUCUCAAGGACCAGAAGGAGCUUUCCACUAAGGAAAGCCUGGAAUUAUUCCUUGACAGCUGUCGACGACUCUCCUCCCGCGCCAUUGCGCACCCGGAAGUGGUUCUCGCGUUCGACAAAGACGACGAGGACACACUGGAUUUUGUCACUGCUGUUGCCAACCUCCGUGCCACGGCGUAUGGCAUCCCCACUCGGACGCGAUUCCAGAUCAAGGAAAUGGCUGGCAACAUCAUUCCUGCCAUCGCAACCACCAACGCGAUCGUUGCAGGCCUCGUCGUCAUGAAGGCACUGGCGGUGCUCAAGGAUAAGGCAACAUUAAACCAGUCCUUCCUCCGCCAGUCCACCAACUGGCCGAUCAAGAACAGCGGCGUUGACCAGCCCAAUCCCGCAUGUCCGGUCUGCAACGAUGUGUACAUCCCGUUCAAAGUCGACCUGCAGAAGCUCACCCUUGGUCGGUUCGUCCAGGAGGUCGUUCACCAGUGGCUGCGCCAAUCGAUCCCCGACGACGCGGAGUACGAAGCUAUCGUCAUGGAGGGCGGACGCCUUCUUGCCGACCCCGACUUUGAGGACAAUUAUGGGCGGACCUUGGCCGAUCUCGGCGUGACGCGCGGUCAGUAUCUUACAGUCGCGGACGAAGACAGCGUUUACUGCCGAGUGCACUUCUGCAUCGCUGCUCCAGACGAGGGGUCAGAGAGUGCGUACACACUGCCGGAAGCCAUUCCGGUAGUGCCUCUGCGUCCCGCUGCAGAGAAGGAGCUGUCAGAGGCAUCUGAAGACGAGAUUAUUGCUGGCAGCGCCUCAAGUCCUGCACCGACAACAGCGAAGCGGCCGGCGCCUGACGAUGGAGAGACACCAUCCAAGAAGCGUAAGAUGGGGGCAGACCAGGCAGACGCGAUCGAGAUUGAGUAGACGAUAGAUGUAGCAGUAGAGUUGAGUUCAGGAGAGACACCGCAUGCACGUAUAUGCUUCUCA